UUGUGGUCUCGAAACCGGCAUCCCUUACAUCCCUUUUUACUAUAUCACGAACAUGCCUGUCUUGUGCGGAAGACAUAGUUGUAAAACCGCGAAAAAAUCCGAAUCUAAAUAUAGCAACAAAUCUACCAGCAUCACAACAAGAGGAAAAUCCGCAUGAUGCACCACCCAAGGCUCCACCGAUACCGCCAAAGCCUACUCGAAAAUUGAUGAAAGCCGGAGAGGAAGGAUCUUCGAUAACGCCAAAAAAUGAACCACCAACUUCACCAGCUACGAAACCUCCGCUACCCCCGAAGCCUGUUCGGACACCAAGCAUGAAAAGAUGGUUGAAGGACAUAGAAGUUUCGGGUAGUGGUAGGGAUGCUCAUGUUGUUUCCGGGGAAGGCGAAGACGAUGUGGACAGUUCCGACUCCGAUGACGAGGACGAUGAAUAUGUUCCCAAACAUAAUACUUUUCCUCGCCGAUCAGAACCAUCAUUGAAUGUGAACAUAGCUUCUCUACUUCAUCGAAGGUCAUCAUCACCCAGCCUAAAUGAUCCAAAGAGACGGCCACCCAUGAUAGAAUCAUACACAGAUUCACCUACGGAUGAGGAAAGUCCAUAUUCUUCUUAUUUGACGUCGCCCACUACCCCUGCAUCAUUUUAUAGCGCAAUAGCAGUUCCGCUAUCAAUGCCAAAUUUACUGGAGCAACGACCAAAAAUGAUUAGUGUAGUACCAGAAGGUGCUGUAAACCCAAAUAAUUUAGUACCGGCCACAACUAUUAAUGAAGCAGAAAACGUUCAAUCCCCUGGUUCAACAUCAUCGUCACAACACACCGAUCAUGUUCCAGAAAUUCCAGCCUCACCACUAUUAAUUCAACAUGCUCAAAUGGGACAAAAAAUUGUUACACUAGAAGCAAAAUUGACGGAAUAUCGAAAAAUAGCAAAAAUGAGGGAGACAGGUCAUUCCAAUGUGGAAGUUGAGGAUCAAGCUUU